AUGCCGAUUUUCCGGUCCCCAAUCUUCACCAUGCCUACUUGGUGCUCACCUCGCCUCGUGAACCGCCGCCCAUCACAUGCACAGAUUAAGAACAACCAGAACGCAAACUCCACAAACGAAAACAAUGCACCCAAUGUUCUUCGUAUUGCCGUCAUGGGCGGUGCUCGCGUCGGAAAGUCAACCUUGAUCCACCAGUUCCUGUUUGAACGGACGCCGUCCCAGUAUGAAUCUACCGUCGAAGAACUGUACCGUUCCCAAUACGACGGUAACCUCACAUUGGAAGUACUGGAUACGAGCGGUACGUUCCAAUUUCCAGCUAUGCGACGGCUCGCAAUCUCUACCGCUGAUGCCUUCAUCUUGGUUUACGCCUUGAACGACGUCACUACUUUCGACGAGGUUCGUGACCUACGUGAGGCUAUCGCUUGUGCUAGGCCCAACGCGCCCGUCAUCGUCGUCGGGAAUAAGUUGGACCUGUCAUCGUCGCGUCACCUGCAACGUGAAAUAACGGAAACGGUCGUGUGCGUGGACUGGGAGUGUUCGUACGUUGAGUGUGCUGCCGUCGUUGGUGCAAACGUAAUGGACGUCUUCAAAGAACUCAUGAAUCGAUUUCAGGUCCAGGCGGUCAGCAACCCGCAGAGACGACGCAGGAGGUCGCUGCCUACAAUUGCCAUGUCCAAUAAGGCUAUGCAGACAUACACUCAAGAUUCCAAACGUAAUAGCUGCAUUUUGUCUUGA